AUGGGUCGUCCACGUGGAAAAUUAACUUUGAAACAAAUUCAAGAUAAAAGAGCUCGGAAAUUAGCUUUCAAUCAUAGAAGCAAGAGAUUGGCAAAAAAAGUUUCUAAAUUUUCUAACAAGUUUGGAGUUGAAGCUUGCUUGAUUGUAUAUGAUGGUUCUGGUGAAGGUAGACCAAUAACUAUGCCACAAGAUUCGACAAUUGUUCGGUCCAUGCUUGAAAACUAUGAGCAACAAAAGAUUGAGAGUAUAACUACAAAGAUCUUUGAUGUGAAGGACUAUUUUGCAAAUAAGAAGAAUAAGAUUGAAGGUGAGAUUUCCAAAGUGCAGAAAGAGAUUGUGAAGAACAAGUAUCCAACUUGGGAUCCAUGUUUCAUUAACAUGGAUGGUGAACAACUCAAAGCCUUCACUGCUAUUGUAAAUGCCAAGAUUGAAGCUUGUGAUCAAAGAAUUAGCAUGCUGAAAACUAUGCACCAAGGUGAUCAAACUAGUGCCUUGCAUGACACUCCUCAAAGGCAGCAUACCCUUCAUUACGGGAGUGCCCGUCUGGACGCUAGUAAUAAUAAUGACAAUAGAUUCUAA